CAGAUCAACCGAUCGCGUCCGCUAACGACCUUGACAGAUCAUUUCGAAGAACUGCGUAAAAACGCGGAUCUUUUGUAUCGGCUCGCCAUUUUAUUCGCAAACGCACCCGGUGGAAGCUCACACAGUUUUUAAAGAUUUGCAAUUCGUGCUUCAAAAUUAUAUCAACCCAAACUCAGAAAAUGGCUCAGAUAAAGUGCUCUUGCUGUGUAAUAAAAGAAAAGAUAUGCGACAAGAGUGAACAGAUAUCCGCAAAGUUAAAAAUCGUGAUGAUAUAUUCAGAUACCGCCACUCGACCAGCAGACCUGCUAUUUAACAGAUCGGAUAUGUAUUAUACCGAACAGCUUAUCAAUAUGCUGCAAAAGACAGCGGUCAUGGGGAUUGAAACGCUUAUAUUAGUAAGCGAAGUGAAACCGCUCAGGCUACCAGCAACAGAAGCAACAGGCUGCAACCACAGCGAAGCGAAGCAAAGCUUGAAGAAACUUAAAAAAAUGCACAAACGUUUGGAGGUUAUUUCGAAGAAUAUGACAAAACUCGCGGCCCAGACAAUAGCCCUGUUCAGUCCUAAGCCAGGAACAUCGUGGGGAACACGAGGAACCGACAGGAUUUCCGAGAUAGUUCGUAUUACCCAAGCAUCAUUAAUGGGCCGCCAAUCGGAGGAAGAUCUAUCACAACAGCAGCAGCAGUAGCAGCACUAAACCACGAAAUGGAAGUUCUAUCCAACAUUCACUUCCAAUCACAAAUAUCGUUUUAAUGGAGAUUGAAAUUCGAAACGAAUUACAGGGAUAGUUUACUUCGUGAAUCGAUUUGAAGUUCGAAGAUGCUCGGAGCGA